UCUACAGCCAGGGACAAGGAUGAACAGGCUCUACCGUCUAAGCCACGUCUCCAACGAGGUGGAAGCUCCGCCUCCCUCCACAACAGUCUCAUGAGGAACAGCAUCUUCCAGCUCAUGAUUCACACCCUGGACCCACUCGCUGAAGAACUUGGAUCAUAUGGAAAGCUAAAAUAUUAUGACACAAUGACUGAAGAAGGGAGGUUCAGAGAAAAAGCUUCAAUUCUCCACAAGAUUGCCAAGAAGAAAUGCCAGGUGGAUGAGAAUGAGAGGCAGAAUGGAGCUGCCAAUCAUGUAGAAAAAAUCGAGCUCCCAAACAGCACCAGCACAGAAGUUGAAAUGACGCCAUCCAGUGAUACUUCAGAACCUAUACAGAAUGGAAAUCUCUCCCACAGCAUUGAAGCUGCAGAAACCCAGCAGACCACAGAAACGGCUGAGGACGAGGAUGACCAGCCUCUCAGCCUGGCCUGGCCUUCCAACCCCCGCAAGCAAGUCACAUUCCUAAUUGUUCUCCCCAUAGUGUUUCCUCUCUGGGUUACCUUACCUGAUGUCCGCAAGCCUUCAGCAAGGAAGUUUUUUCCCAUCACGUUCUUCGGCGCCAUCACCUGGAUUGCAAUAUUCUCUUACUUAAUGGUCUGGUGGGCACACCAGGUUGGAGAGACAAUUGGCAUUAGUGAGGAGAUUAUGGGUCUGACCAUCCUGGCUGCUGGGACCUCCAUCCCUGAUCUUAUCACCAGUGUCAUAGUGGCCCGGAAGGGCCUUGGGGAUAUGGCUGUAUCUAGCUCUGUUGGAAGCAACAUUUUUGACAUCACCGUAGGGCUCCCACUGCCGUGGCUCCUGUUCACCAUCAUUCACAGAUUCCAGCCAGUGGCCGUCAGCAGCAAUGGCCUCUUCUGCGCCAUCGUCCUCCUCUUCAUCAUGCUGCUCUUCGUCAUCCUCUCCAUUGCCCUUUGUAAAUGGCGGAUGAACAAAGUGCUGGGCUUCAUCAUGUUCGGCCUCUACUUUGUGUUCCUGGUGGUCAGCGUCCUCCUAGAAGACAGAAUCCUUGUGUGCCCAGUCUCUAUCUAGCAAGAGAAGCCAUAUCUUGAACCAACAGCCUGGAUGGUCCCUCCCCUCCCCAGGUUCUGGGCUCCUUGACCUCUCGAGAAGAGGCAGCUGGCAUGCAACCCCUGGUCCCUCCUUGGCAGACGUGAGGAGGGACGGACUCACACCGGACUGGCUCACGCCACAGGCUGCUUUCACCCUUGCCUAUGGAAACGUCUUCAUGCAAGAGACAGAGAACUGCCCGUUUGAGGCUUCUCUCCACUCACCACUGACAGGUACUCCUCGCUGGUCGGAGGUACAUUCAUUGUGAUGAUGCAAACAAUGACAGAGGCUGUGUAUAUACAUAUAAAAUACACACUUUAUAAGUAGAUGCACCUGAACACACCCGCCUGUUCCUGUACUUUUCCUCUCCUUCCAUGCCUAUAGAAUAAUACAUACCUGUAUACAAACACAAAGAAACAUUUUAUAUAUAUAUAUGUAAUUAUAUAUAUAUAUAAAAAUACAAAUGCAUCUUUUCAGGGAUAGCUUUAGUAUAUUUAUAGUACCUAUUUGAAGAGGAGCAUCAACUUUCAGCCUGAGCUUUACCUCUUAAGUGCAAGAGAUGAACUAAGGGAAUCAUUGUUGUGACCUUCAGCCUACCUUGUACUUACUGGGAUCCUGCCUGCUAAGGUGGAUGUUUUAGAAGAAAUGGUUUCAGGAGGGAGGGCCAGGUGGAGAGGGUCUACAGGGGACCUGAGUUGAGCCCUCCAAAAUAUCCCUUAAGCCAAACAAGGAAGACUCUCUGCCCACCCCCACUGUGGUACACUGACAAAACCCCACAGGGUUACUUAGGACAGACAGAGGGAAACUCCACACAGGGUAGAUACCAGUUUUGGGGCAGCGGGAAGGUGACCAGGGUUAGGUCUUGGGGGAUUUUCUAAUAUGUAAUUAUACUGCCUCAGCAUGCAAGUAGAAACUAUGACUGCAAACCAAAUUAGCGCUCUUCUAGGACAGCAAGACUAUUUAAAUUGGCCCUACAUUGUUCCAAUGCAUGUCCCAUUAUCAUCAAAAGAAAGGGGGCAAGUUUAGCUGUGAUUGCCAUGUAGACGUAUAUUGAUGCUAAGGGCUCACAUAUAAUCAAAAUGCCGCCAAAAGAGCCCAGAUGUGUAAUAAGAAAUACCAUCUAGUAGGGCGCUUAGUGAGACUUGCCACCCAACGGGAAUGUAAGGUCAUGGUUCUUUAAUGCAUCUUCCAGUGUGGUCAUAAAGGGCUUCAGUGUCUGACACAAUCGUUAUUCUUUAAAUAGAACUAAAUUGACUCUGAUCAAUACUGCUUGGGUUGAGGCAGCUUAGACAUAUUUGGAAAGGCAUUUGCACACUAAGAAGGUUUCUGAGUCCUAUGUCUAGUGGUGUCAGGACCAGGAUUUGGUUAAAGCCCAUGCAACAUCCGAGUCUCUCCUGCCACCGGGACCCCAUCUGGGACUCAUCCUCAAGAGGACACUGAGGACAAUACUCAACAGCUUCUUUUCACUGGCUCCAAGCCAGUCACUCCAAGGUUUUGAUUUCCUGAGUUUGCUCAGCACUCAUGGGAUAUUUUCAUUUCAUUCAUUCCGUGACCCCAGGUUCCCUUUGACCCCUUGUAUGGUUUCACCGGUCUAUGUCAAUAGAAAAUAAAACCAGCAAGGGGGGAAAAAAACAGGCAAACUAAACUGAUGAAAAAAAAAAUAUGUCGUUUUUCAUUUCUCUAAGUUGUGCUUUCUCUAAAAUCAGUUGUAAAAGUCAGUAGAAGAUGGCUCAUUGUUCAGCACUCAUCCUGCAUCUAAGUUGGCACACACCACACAUGGGAAACUAUCCCCUGUGUGUUCUUGUCUCCAGUCUGUUGUGUCACUGAUGCUGCUGUGAUGUUGUUGUCAGCAUGUGCCUUUUACAUAGGGAGACGGGAUGUAGAGCUCACAGGUGAGAAAAGAGGAAGGGAGACCUGACAGCCCCAGAGCAACCUCAGUAUUCCUCCCACAAAACCUCCGCUCACUCCACAGCGCCUGGCAGUAAUAGGCAGCACCCAUCAUUGCUCCUCACUCACAAGCAAAAACCACUUCUAAGUGGAGGCCCACUAGGAAAACAAGAAAUCAAGGUGGCUGCCACCCAGGAUGCUAGCUUUUAAGCCAUUCCAACAUUGCAAAGUCUGGUUUUCGGUUGUUUGAGAGAACUCUGUGAUUCGUUCAUCAAGGGCAGAAUUUUGUAUGGAGGCAAGAAUUUGCUCCUUAGAGUGAAAGAGAACGAGUAAGUGAACUUUUAGUUACAAACUCUGGUUGUUUUCCCUGUGCAUGACUUGGAGGGGAGCACAGUUGGUUCUUGUGUGAAUAUGUAUGAUUGACUGGUUUGUUCUUUGAAAGAAGGCGUGAAUAGGUGCCUUUGACUCAACUGUAGAUAGACGGUAAAACCAGGCAGGAUGAGGGAGGUCCCAGGGCAGCCCUGCUCUUAUGCCAGCACUUCCUGAUGCUCCCCCUGCCUGCUCACUUCUUCCCAUUAAUUCCCAGCAAAGACUCACCCAAGCAGCCAAGGAGCAUUUUACUUGCCGGGGAGCUCCAUUUCAUAGGGAGCGCGUGAUCAUUAAUGAAAAUUUGUUUUCCAGAAGACAAUAUCUCAAAGCCCCAUUCCCACCUCAGUGAUGUCCACUGACCAUGACGUGUAACUGCAGUGUGCCCUCAUUGGCUGGGACACAGGCACCUUCUCCCGCCACUGCUUGCCCUUGCUUUCCCCUCAUGAUGUGUCUGGGAGGUUAUGUGUCAGGGUAGGCUAAAUCCAGAGAAAAAUGUAUGGGAUGCAACCGUAGAUCUUUAAAAGCAUUGAAAUCGUGAACAUAAGAAAGAACUUUACACAUCAUGGUUCCCUGAGUAGGUCAUCUCUAAUGCCUUUUCUGCGUGACUGUGUAUAUACAUAUAUAAAUAUAUAUCUUUAUACCAGAUCUAUAUAUGCGUACACAGUAUCACAUCAUCACCCUCUAACCCAAUCGCAUUCAGGAUUCAAAAGCAGGAAGCAUCAAGGUUGCCAUAGUGAAGGAAAAGGAGAGUCACGCACACCAACCACCAAAGGGAACAUUUCUUCCUGAUCUCCCAGGGUUUGUUCUGUGCACAUUUGUACCCACUCCAUAUAUUUUCCCACCCCAAGAAUAUAGAUUUACAGCCUUACAGAAAUAGCCAGCCAUAUCCCAAUUGUUGACGUAGAGGCAAAAAGUACACAACAGAAAAGUACAGGGGGAAAAAUUAAACUGCAGACACUCUCUUCGCUUCCCUGGAGCAGGGUAUAAAAUAAUAUCAAAAAUUCAAGAGCCAAGUUCGUACUGCUCAAUCGAAAAUAAAUGAGCUGCAUCCAAAUGGUUCCAUUUACUGUCCACAGCGAACUGAGCAGGUCUUGCUUGCUGUCACCUCCUCUGUCACCCUCGGCAGCCUCAGGACAGGAGAGCAACUUGGCUCAAACUGAAAGUGCCGGAACAGAACCUUCUAAAUUGCACGCUGAAUGCCCACGCAUGUCCAGCUGCUCUCUGAACCUGACUAGCUCCUGAAGAGCUGAAGCUGGAGAUGAGAUGGUGGUUUGCAGCCUCCCAGGCUGUAAGCUGAGCCAGGCAGUGACAGCUCAGGAAAGCACAGUACAUGUGCAGGGACUAAAGGGUAGAAUUAUUUAUCAAUUUGGAAGAUGCAGCAGAAUAUCCUAAAGCCUUUUCAGAAAAUUAUAAAAAGAGGCCAGGACUGUUUCAUAUUUGGGGGAAAUGCUUUAUAAGGCUUCAAACAGGUGUCACCUGACAAGGGCCAUUAUAAUUUACUUUCUAGGGAAGACACAAAUCAGGUGCUUUGGAGCCCUUUCAGCAAAACACAGCUGCCUCGCUGAUGAGACAUUUGAUAAUAUUAAUGUACAUCCAUCCCUGGGCUGGAAGAGAGUUGGCAGACUCCCCACCAUUGCUCGUGGCUCUUAAACUGUCCCCUCUGGAACAGGGAGAUAGGAGAUGAUCUAUUAAGGAGCCAUACCACCUUAAGAGAAAGCUCAUCAAGGAAAUUACAACAAAUAGAGCUGCUGGCCAAAUAGACAGUUGGGAAAGCUGGGACUUCUGCUAAAACGCUCUGCUAAAAUUACUGGGUUGGAAUAUCUGACAUGGGUCUGAUAACCUAUCUGAGUCCAAGCAUUUCAGAAAACUUUAGUAUGAUUUCUUCCCUACAUCUAUCAACAUACAAGUGCAUGCACAUGUACACACACACACACACACACACACACAAGAUUAUGAGGAUGCCAAGCAUCCUUGCACCUAGACAGAUUGUUACUCCAAUAAGUAGGUGGCCAUAUUAUAAGAGGCAGCUCUGUUCCAAUAGAAAUAAAAGGAAAAUAUUCUCAGGGCAGUUUCUAGAGAAGUCAGCUGUCGCCUGAAUUGCUUCAUUCUUGCUAAGUCACAUCUUACGUGACCACCUGGCUUAAUAUUUUUAAAAGACACAUCCUCAACUUCUAUAAUGCCCUCAGCAAUAUUGUCUUCAAUUAGUAGGUAAGGGGUUGUCAUUAAGGGAGCGUUUAUGGGAGUAGGGAGGAAUACGGAAAGGAAGGAGAAAUUAAUGUACUUUCACUAGGAUUCCCAAGAAAUCAAGUAUCACAUUGCUAUAGAUCCCUAUGUAGUUUAAAAUAAUUGUAAAUUUCAGGCUUUUUUUUUUUAACCAAUUACAAGAGCCUAUGUAGAGCCCCAGAUUUAAAAAUGUCCCCUUCUCAAGAAGGCCUUGGAAAAGAUAGAUAAAGGGCUCCUGGUCCACUGUUUAACUUGAGCUCCUUACCUUUAUAACUUUGCAUUUCUUUUUUAAUCUCCCAGCUUCAUAGUCUUUGAGAUGUAUAGCAGACAAGAAAA